AGGAAGUCCAUGUUUAAGGAACAAGAGGAAGAAAUGGACUUUACGGGUAGAAGACUAAAACAUCAGAGCUGAGUGAGCUGUGACUCUAAAAUGAGUCUGGGGAGAGAGAGGAGGGGACCACUGCCUCUAAAAGAAGUCUCUCUGGAGAGAGAGGGGGGGACCGCUGCCUCUAAAAUGAGUCUCUCUGGGGAGAGAGAGGAGGAGACCACUGCAUCUAAAAUGAGUCUCUCUGGAGAGAGUGAAAAGAGAGGCAAUGCCUCUAAGAGGAGGUAUUCUGAGAGAGAGGAGGGUGCCACUGCCUCUAAAAAGAGUCUGCCUCAAGACACCAGUUCUAAGAGUGUCCAGAAGAAAAGAGCAGAGUCACCUUCAUCCAGCCAGGAACCUCUGAGACAUGUCAAAAUGUCUGAACAACAAAGGAAAAGCUCUGACUACCAGUUGAACUAUGAAAAUGUUCAGGAGUCGGUUGAGAUGAUGGAGAGGAUUGACAGCGAGGGUGCUGUGAGGUUCACCCACAGCCCUCUGGGUAGGAGUGGUGAAACUCUGCUGACAGUCCAACAAGACAUUAAGGCUAAUCUGAAACACAAGUAUCAACACAUAUCUGAAGGAAUUGGACACCAUGGAAACCAAAGUCUGUUCAAGGACAUCUACACAGAGCUCUACAUCACAGAGGGUGGAAGUGGAGGGCUCAGUAAUGAACAUGAGGUUAGACAGAUAGAGAUGGCAUCCAAGAAACAAACCACACAAGCGACAUCAAUCAAAUGCAACGAAAUCUUCAAGACUUUACCUGGACAAGGCAAACCUAUCAGAACUGUGCUGACAAAAGGAAUCGCUGGCAUUGGAAAAACAGUCUCUGUACAGAAGGUCAUCCUUGACUGGGCAGAGGGAAAAGCAAAUCAGGACGUUCAUUUCAUGUUUCCUCUUCCUUUCCGUGAUCUGAACCUGAAAAAGGACCAAUACAGUCUGAUGCAACUUCUUUCCCACUACUUCCCAGAUCUGAAAGAGAUUGACAGCAUUGAAGAUGGUGAAACCAAAACUGUUUUCAUUUUUGAUGGUCUGGAUGAGUGUCGACUUCCUCUAGACUUCAAAAACAAUGAGAAGUGCUGUGAUGUCACGAAGCCAACCUCAGUGGACGUGCUGCUGACAAACCUCAUCGAGGGGAAUCUUCUUCCCUCUGCUCUCCUCUGGGUAACCUCACGGCCUGCAGCAGCCAAUCAGAUCCCUCCUGAGUGUAUUGACCAGGUGACAGAGGUACGAGGGUUCAAUGAUCCACAGAAGGAGGAGUACUUCAGGAAGAAAGUCACAGAUCAGGAAAUGGCCAAUGAAAUCAUCACCCACAUGAAGACAUCAAGGAGCCUCCACAUCAUGUGCCACAUGCCAGUCUUCUGUUGGAUGUCAGCCACUGUCCUUGAGAUGAUGCUGAAAGAGGCAGAGAAGGAUGAAGUCCCCAAAACUCUGACCCAGAUGUACUCACACUUCAUGCUCAUCCAAAUCAUUGUGAAGAACAAGAAGUACAACAAAGCCACAGAGACAAACCCAAAGGAACUGUCGUCAGACAAAGAGAUGAUCCUGAAACUGGCAAAGCUGGCUUUCCAACAGCUGCAGAAGGGCAACCUGAUCUUCUAUGAGGAGGACCUGAGAGAGUGUGGCCUUGAUGUCACAGAGGCAUCGGUGUACUCAGCAUUGUGUACAGAGAUCUUUAAAGAAGAAUCUGGGCUGUACCAAGACAAGGUCUACAGCUUUGUGCAUCUGAGCAUUCAGGAGUUUCUAGCAGCAGUGCAUGCUUUAGAAUCAUGUCUGGGCAAGGAGGAAAAUGUUUUCUCCCCCAAAGCAGUCCCUUUUAAUUAUAAUGAUGAUCGUGAUUACGAUUAUUACGAUGAUGAUUACGAUGCUGAUGAAGAGGAGUCAAUCCAGUUGUCUGACUUACACAGGAAAGCAGUGGUCCAGGCCUUGAAGAGUAAGAAUGGACACUUGGACCUGUUCCUCCGCUUCCUUCUGGGUCUCUCACUGGAGUCCAAUCAGCAUCUGUUACGAGGCCUUCUGACACCGACAGGAAGAACAACACAGAGCAAUAAGAAAACAGUUGAGAGAACAGUCAGGUACCUUUCAUACAAGAUCAAGGAGGAAUCCUCACCAGAAAGGAUCAUCAACUUGUUCCACUGUCUGAAUGAACUUGGUGCCAACUCUCUAGUUGAAGACAUGCAGACCUCCCUGCAUUCAGGAACUCUUUCAGAAACAAGACUAGAACCUGACCAAUGUUCAGCCCUGGCCUACCUGUUACUGAUGUCAGAGGAGGUGCUGGAGGAGUUUGACCUGAAGACAUACAAAACAAUAGAGGAAGGUUAUCAGAGGUUGCUGCCGGUCGUGAAAACCUGCAAGAGAGCACUACUGGAUGGCUGUGAACUCACAUAUAAAUCCUGUGAGACUCUGGCCACAGCUCUGCAGACACCAAACUCCCCCCUGAGAGAACUGAACCUCAGCAACAAUGACCUGAGAGACAGAGGAGUGGAGCUGCUCUGUGUUGGACUAACCAGUCCACUCUGCAACAUACAGACACUGGUACUGGAUGGCUGUAAACUCACAUAUAAAUCCUGUGAGACUCUGGCCUCAGCUCUGCAGACACCAAACUCCCCCCUGGGAGAACUGGACCUCAGCUACAAUGACCUGGGAGACAGAGGAGUGGAGCUGCUCUGUGUUGGACUAACCAGUCCACUCUGCAACAUACAGACACUAGUACUAGCUGACUGUAAACUCACAUAUGAAUCCUGUGAGACUCUGGCCUCAGCUCUGCAGGCACCAAACUCCCCCCUGAGAGAACUGAACCUCAGCUUUAAUGACCUGGGAGACAGAGGAGUGGAGCUGCUCUGUGUUGGACUAACCAGUCCACUCUGCAACAUACAGACACUAGUACUGGAUCACUGUAAGCUCACAUAUACAUUCUGUGAGACUCUGACCUCAGCUCUGCAGACACCAAACUCCCCCCUGAGAGAACUGGACCUCAGCUACAAUGACCUGGGAGACAGAGGAGUGGAGCUGCUCUGUGUUGGACUAACCAGUCCACUCUGCAACAUACAGACACUAGUUCUAGGUCAGUGUGGUCUGACAGAGGGUUGCUGUUCAGAUCUGGCCUCAGUCCUGAGUUCACCCAACUCACAACUGAAACAACUGGAGCUGAGAGACAAUGACCUGCAGGACUCAGGAGUUACACUGUUGUCUGCUGGACUGGAGGAUCCAGACUGUAAACUACACACACUGGGGCUGUCUGGCUGUCUGGUCACAGAGGAGGGCUGUGCUGCUCUGUCUUCAGCUCUGAGGUCAAACCCCUCCCACCUGAAAGAGCUGGACCUGAGCUACAAUCACCCAGGAGACUCUGCAGGGGAACUGCUUUCAGCUGCUCUGGUGGAUCCCACAUAUAAACUGAUGAAGCUGAAUGUGGAUCAUGGUGGAGAGUGCAGGCUGAAAUCAGGGCUGAGGAAAUAUGCCUGUCAUCUCACCCUGGACCCAAAUACAGCACACCCAUACCUGAUACUCUCUGAGGGGAACAGGAAGGUGACAUUGGUGGAAGAGAAGCAGCAUUAUGAAAACCAUCCAGACAGAUUUGACUAUAGUCCCGAAGUUCCUCCAUUCUUUUUUAAUUGUCGUUACCAAGUUCUCUGCAGACAAGGCUUAUCUGGGUGUCAUUAUUACUGGGAGGUGGAGAGGGAUGGUGACGAGGCUGUCAUUGGUGUGGUGUCCAAAGGAAUGAAGAGGAAGGGAUGGUCCUGCUCUUUACUCUGCUCUAAAAGAGGUUAUAUCUCUUACCAUGCUGGAGUCAGCAGAUCCAUCUCUGGUCCUGGUUCUAAAAGAGUUGGAGUGUAUCUGGACUGGCCAGCUUGUACUUUGUCCUUCUAUAGUGUGUCCUCCUCUGGUACACUGAAACACCUUCACACAGAACACACCAGAUUCACUGAACCCCUCUAUCCUGUGUUUGGUGUUUACUCCUCCUCCUCAUUGACCCUGUGUCAGAUAGAUGACCAACACAUUCAGAGAGGAUUCAGCUGUUACCUGCAGACACCACACCAAGCUGUUGUCAGAUGAUUAUGGGAAACACAGGGGUUGACAUUGAGAUGGAGUUAAUCGGGGAUGAUGAGAGGACAGUAUGGAAAUCAGUGGUAU